AUCAGCGUGCGCCAAGUGAGAAGGCAGCGCUUUACGGGAGUGGAGGGGCAUGUUGAGUCGGUUGCAGGAGCUCCGCAAGGAGGAAGAGACCCUGCUGCGUCUAAAGGCAGCCCUGCAUGACCAACUGAACCGUCUCAAGGUCGAAGAAUUGGCCCUUCAAUCAAUGAUAAAUUCUCGAGGACGGACUGAGACACUGCCUUCUCAGUCUGCACCUGAACAGUUAUGUGAUAUGUCGCUGCAGGUGGACAAUGAAGCAUCAAUCAAUCAAACUGCACUGAAGCUGAGCACAAGGAGCCCAAUGGAGGAGGAAGAAGAAGAGGAGGAGGAGGAAGAAGAGGAGGAAGAGGAGGAAGAAUCUGAUUCGUGAAGGGGACGAGGGCUAGGGUUAGUUAUACAAACUAAACUAAGUCUUCGGUACUUCAUCUCUUCAGAGUCGUCUUGCAGGGCCUAUGUGAAAGAUAUGAAUGGAAGAGGCUCAGUCGAUAAAGUAUUUACAUGCAAAUACG